AUGGAUAAGCUGGAAGUGAUGUUCCAGAAAGCUGACUCUGAUCUGAAUUAUUUUCAGCUGGAGGUGCCUGAGUCAGUGAGCGUCCAGGAGGGCCAGUGUCUCCUCGUGCCCUGCAAAUACUCCGACUCUCCGGUGAAUUCCAAGGAUGUCUCUGGCUACUGGUUUCAGGAAGGGGCCAAUAUAAAUCGCGACUCCCCUGUGGCUACAAAUGAUCCUCAACGCCCAGUGCAGGAGAGAACUCGGGGCCGGUUCCACCUGCUCCUGGACGCACAGACCAAGAACUGCUCCCUGCACAUCACAGAUGCACAGAAGGGUGACAGUGGCUCAUAUUUCUUUCGGGUGGUCUCAGUAAGUGUACAAUGGAGUUACUGUGCAGACCCGGUCUCUGUGGAAGUGACAGCCCUGACCCAUACCCCCAACAUCCUCAUCCCUGGGACCCUCAUGCCCAGCCACCCCAGCAUCCUGACUUGCUCUGUACCCUGGGCCUGUGAGCAGGGGACACCCCCCAUCUUCUCCUGGACAUCAGCUGCCCUCACCUCGCUGGUCCCCAGGACCACCCACUCUUCUGUGCUCACCCUGAGCCCCCAGCCCCAGGACCAUGGCACCUACCUCACCUGUCAGGUGAUGUUCCCUGGAGCUGGGGUGACCGUGGAGUGGACUGUGCAGCUCAACCUCACUGGGAAAUCAGGGCCCAUGGCAGAGGUGUUGCUGCCGGCCAUCAUGGGGGGGUCUGUCAAGAUCCUGCUUCUUGGGCUCUGCCUUAUUUUCCUGAGAACAUAG